AUGUCCAUCAGACACCACGCAGACCUAAUCCUUUGCCGCAAACAACCUGGUAUUGCCAUAGGCAAACUUUGCAAAAAUUGUGAUGGAAAAUGUGUCAUUUGUGAUUCCACUGUAAGACCACAAACAAAAGUACACAUUUGUGAGGAAUGUAACUAUGGAAGUUUACAAGGAAAAUGUAUUAUUUGUGGAGGAAAGGGGGUUUCCGAUGCCUAUUACUGCAAAUCUUGUGUUUUACAAGAGAAGGACAGGGAUGGAUGCCCAAGAGUAAUUAAUGUCAGUCAAGCUAGAACAGAUUUACAUUUUGAAAAGAAGAAAUAUGUACAAGGGUCUAAUCUAUAG